AUGGCGCUGGAUGCGCUUCUCCCCCAGUUCCAGAUUCAUCCGCCUGCGGCAGAGCAGCCCCUUCCCUCUCCGAGCUGCCAUGCCACACCAUGGACAGCGAGACUCCGCUGCCUAAUCCACCGACUACCGAGAAGCCUUCGAAAGCGGUCUCGUCGGCCUGAAACUUGGAGGCGAGCGCGCGAGGCCGCGGGAGCCGGGAGCCAUGGUUCUCGUGGUGCUGGGCUGCUCCCCCGCGUCCUCACUCCCCGCCUGCUCUCCCACUUCCAGGAGAAAAUGUAGUACCACCAGGCAGAAAAUUGUCAGAUGCUCUCUGAAUGAGGAAACGCCACUGAACAAAUAUGGAGUAGUAUCCAAGCAGCUAAUCUCUUGUCUUGCUGCUUCGCUCGUGUUCAUCUCUCCACCUAGUCAGGCUAUUCCUGCAGAAACCUUUGCCCAGCCGGGCUUAUGCCAGAUUGCAACACUGGCAGCCAUCGACAGUGCUUCAGUUCCUCUGAAGUUUGAUAACCCUUCAGAUGACGGUGGCGCAGGGAUGAUGAUGAGGGGUAUGACUGCCAAGAACUUUGAUCCAGUUCGCUACUCUGGUAGAUGGUUCGAGGUAGCCUCGCUGAAACGUGGAUUUGCUGGUCAGGGACAAGAAGACUGCCAUUGCACUCAGGGUGUGUAUUCAUUUGAUGAGAAGUCACGCUCAAUCCAGGUGGAUACAUUCUGUGUCCACGGCGGACCUGAUGGAUACAUCACUGGUAUUCGGGGUAGGGUGCAAUGCCUGUCUGAAGAAGACAUGGCGAGUGCUGAGACAGACCUCGAGAGGCAGGAGAUGAUCCGUGGGAAAUGUUUUCUCCGGUUCCCAACACUACCCUUCAUACCCAAGGAACCCUACGAUGUCCUUGCAACUGACUAUGACAAUUAUGCAGUUGUAUCUGGAGCUAAAGAUACAAGCUUUAUUCAGAUAUACUCAAGAACACCUAACCCUGGGCCAGAAUUCAUCGAGAAGUACAAGUCCUACGCUUCCAACUUCGGCUACGACCCGAGCAAGAUCAAUGACACUCCGCAGGAUUGUGAGUACAUGUCCUCAGACCAGCUCGCCCUGAUGAUGUCGAUGCCCGGGAUGAAUGAGGCCCUGACGAACCAGUUCCCAGAUCUAAAGCUGAAGGCACCAGUAGCACUGGACCCAUUCACAAGCGUGUUUGACACCCUGAAGAAACUGCUUGAACUGUACUUCAAGUAAAAGGCAGUGUAGGUGUAGCAUUGUUCAGUAUCGAUCCAAUUGUCCACUUCUCCUCCACUUGGAGCUUGAAUUAAAUAAAGUUCAGUCAGUUCGUUCCUGCAUU